GCAGGCAGAUCUUGCAGCUCUGCUCCAAUUGAAGAAAAGGCAGAGCAAGAGCCCACUACAGAAAGGGAUAGAAGACAGCGCUCUCAUCCCACAAGUCACAUCCUUUCCCCAUCAGGAAGUGUGACUGCAAGCAACACACACACAAAAAAAAGGGGGAGGCGAAUUAAAACAAAAGCCCAAGACUUCCUCUUUCUGAGUUUCUGAGCUAUAUAUUGAGGAGUGGGUGAGAGAAGGAGCUAGGGCCGGGGGUGGGCUGCAAUGGCUCGGGAAUAUGAAAAGAGCAGCCUUUCCUGGAAAAAGCAAGCGGACGACAUUAAGAACAUUUUCGAAUUUAAAGAAGUCCUGGGGACUGGCGCCUUUUCUGAAGUAGUCAUGGCGAAGGAAAAAAUGACUGGGAAAAUGUUCGCAAUUAAAUGCAUCCCAAAGAAGGCCUUAAAAGGCAAAGAAAGCAGCAUUGAAAAUGAAAUUGCUGUCCUCAGAAGAAUAAAGCAUGAAAACAUUGUGGCCCUGGAGGACAUUUACGAGAGCCCAAACCAUUUAUACCUUGUGAUGCAGCUGGUGUCUGGAGGGGAGCUGUUUGACAGGAUUGUGGAGAAGGGAUUUUACACAGAGAAAGACGCUAGUACUCUGAUACGCCAAGUCCUCGAUGCUGUGCAAUAUCUGCAUAAAAUGUGCAUUGUUCAUCGAGACUUGAAGCCAGAAAACCUCUUGUACUUCAGCCCUGACGAAGAAUCCAAAAUUAUGAUCAGUGAUUUUGGUUUGUCCAAAAUGGAAGGCACGGGGGAUGUUAUGUCUACGGCGUGUGGUACCCCAGGCUAUGUGGCUUUCUGCACAGGGUUAUGUGGAUAUCCUCCAUUCUAUGAUGAAAAUGACUCCAGACUGUUUGAACAGAUAUUAAAGGCAGAGUAUGAAUUUGACUGCCCAUACUGGGAUGACAUCUCAGAAUCUGCGAAAGAUUUCAUAAAACGUUUGAUGGAGAAGGACCCAAACAAACGUUAUACAUGUGAGCAGGCAUUAAGACAUCCAUGGAUUGCUGGAGACACAGCAUUGAACAAGAACAUUCACGAGUCUGUCAGUGCACAAAUCAGGAAGAACUUUGCUAAAAGCAAGUGGAGGCAAGCAUUUAAUGCCACAGCUGUUAUAAGACACAUGAGAAGGCUGCACCUGGGUAGCAGUCAGGAUGGAUCGAAUCUGAACGCACAAACCAACCGCAAGCCCUGCAAUCCACUGCCAGAUGUCACAUCUCGUAAAGAGUGUGUGUCUCCAUCCACUGCCUGUAGUAUAGUGUCAUCUGUGUCUUCUCCUUCUGGGAUAUCUCCAUUAGGAUCAGAAGGGAGAGCAAGAUCGACUUCAGUAACCACAGUGCACACUGGGAGCAAAUGACAAGCUCCUUCAACAGAUUCAAAAGUGGGAAACAACAUCACUGUGAUGCAGCCCAGAAUUCAAAUGAUUUCACCCUGUCAUGUGCACUGAAGCCUAGAGGGAUCCCAGGAAAGAUUUUUAAAGGCCAUAUUUUAUACUGUAACUCUUAUACAAUACAUGUAUCAUAAACAUUGAGCCAUGUGCUGAUGGAUUUAACAGUAUCUGGUGCUGUGCAUAUGAGUCUAGCAAUGCUUAAUUUCACUUUAUAUAAAUUCAGCAGUUGAAAAAAAAUCAUUUUCCCAGUAAUUGUGCAAAAUGUUCCUCCAAAGUAGCAUCAUUUCUCCAGGAUGUAUGUUUUCUGAGGAAUGAGACAUUGACUGGACUGCACAACCCAUUGCUUAUUUAUUGUACCCUUGUCGGUUGCUUUAUCUUACAUGGAACUGCUUCCUUUUACAGAAAGUGCAGAGCCCCUUAUGCUGUACCAUUGCGAUAGACAGCAUGGAGCUGACAGAACCGGUAACAGAAAUGCUGUGAUAUUAACCUAUCGGGGUUUAAAAUGUUGUAUACUAAAACAUUUUUGUCCUAAAACGGACAAGGACUUUUAACUAUUUCAGGGCUAGAAUCAAAUGUCAUGCUUGCUCCUUCCAGCUUUGGUGAAUGUCUCUAGUUGUACAUAAAGGAAGUCAUCUUUAGUUGGGUUUGUAGAUUAUCUGCUGACACGGCAUUGUUAUAUUGCAUCUUUUUAAUCAUGUCUUUCUGUUUCCAGUUAAAGUUUUUGUAGCAACCUUCGGUACAGUUUGGUUUGUCUGAGAUGGACGAAUCCUAAUCAAAUUAGAUAGAUAGAUAGACAUAUUGAAAAGUACGGUACUACAAGGCUUACUUACGCCUUUCUUGUUAAAAAUUUCUUGCAGACAGAAAGGUAAUAGAAACAAGCUAAACAACUUUUACACCUCAUUAAAAAAUAAAUAGACAAAUGUUUAAAGCAUCCCCAAGGAAAGCAUAGACCUGUUAAAUCUUAAUCUGUUUAAAUUAUUUCAGUAUUUUAAUAAUACUUUUCAAUUCCAGGACAUUCCCUGAACCAUGUGGCAAGAUUCUUUGGCAUAGGGUUUUAUUUUUAUACUUCUGGUGGGUCUGGAACGUUUUAAAAGCUGUUGUAGCUUUCUUUUUGGCUCACACUGAACAUGGUUACUAAAUGAUAUCAGAGAUGUAAAAAUGUACAUAUUUCUGCGAGCAGUUUAUCUUAAGGGGACAUGGAGAAAUCUUUGAUAAUUUUGCUUCGACAAGAAAAAAACAUGUGCUCAACAACGUAGCCUCAAAAUUAGUCCUGGUGAACAUAUAAAAAGUCAGACACAUUUGUAUAACAUUCUUCUGUCUUCUACUGAAGUCAAAACGUUAUCAUCAUAGUCCUGCUCUUAUUAGAGAGAGAGAGAGAGAGAAAACUGGAGGUGGUUUAACCUGAGGGUCACCAUGCCUCAGGUGAGGGGAAAGGUUCAGAUGGAGUGUCCUUCGUGGUAACUUCAGCUCGUGCAGCAAUUGAACACACCCUGUUGAUGCUACUGUACAUUGCAUAUCAGCCAUCUAAGCGAACCAACUUCCUGUUCAAGUUUAUAAAGCAACCUCUAACAUUUCAAUAUUAGACCAUCAUUUAUCAACAUUUAUCAGCAUUUUCAGGAUGGCCUGACAGAAGAUUGAAUGUUGCUGCUGCAGUGGUCACAGAUUUACCGCUCGUGGGAUUUGGGCCUCGCUGGCUGGGCCAGAGUUCAUUACCCGUCCCUAGUUGCCCUUUGAGAAGGUGGGAGUGAGCUGCCAACUUGAACCCCUGCAGUCCAUGU